GUGGAUGUGACGAUGUGACCCGCGAUGAAACAACAGCUAUAUGAUUACUUUAUAAAAAUGCAAAGCACAUAUUCGUCGUAAUAAUUUGAGCAGGGAAGCGAUAUGUUUGCGGGAGUUGUAGGCUAGAAUAAUGGGGCAAAGUCAGUCAGGAGAAUCACGAAGUACACAAGAGUCUUUCAACCAAGUAUAUAAUAAUGAUGACAGGAACAACAAUAUGUCUAUGAGCUGCCUUAAAAGUCCCGAUCAGGUCCAAACAGCAAGAAAACACCGAGUCACAUUUGAUCCAAGUUCUAGAAAUAGAGAUGAAGAUAAAAUUUUAUCAAGUAAUACACCUCAGAGGACUUUAAGUAUCCAAACACGAGAACGCCUUAUUGAUAGCGGUGGGAAGAGUCCUGCUGCCAGUGCGUCGUCUGUGUUGACAAGGGCAACGGGUAAGCCACCAAUUUCGACCAAAGCCGUGAAUAAAUCAUCUUCAAAACCAACGAGAGAUCUGAGCGAAUACAGAAGAAGUUUGCGUCUCGCGUUGAGCAGUGAUGGACAGGCAGCAAAAAAGGAGAAAGAUUUUACAAAAACAAAUGGAUUUUUAGAAGAACUUGUUGAACAAUCUGUCGAUGAUCCCCCGCUCCGUAGUCCCCGUCGAGCUGUAGGCUCAUACACCUCUACAUAUCAAGUCAAUGAUGAUGAAAACAGAUGUUCAUCGACAUCAGAUAAAAGUUUUUGGUCCAGUGAUUACUCAACCAGUGUUGGAGGAAAUAGUGAGAAAAGUAACGAUAGCAGUGAACAAGCACAAAUGAACCCAAAUGAACAACCUAAUCAUCUCAAAUUGAAACCUGAAAAUUUUGAGCAAUUUUUGACGAAAUGUUCGAAAGGAAACCCACAUGCAAACGAGUCUCUUCAAGAGAGAUUAAGACAACGACUAAGUAUUUUUCAACACCUUGUUCCAGAGGCCAGGACCACACCAACAGAUAUAAACAGCCUGUCAGAAAAUAUCUUACUUGGCAUUUUCUCGUAUUUGCCCACGAAGUAUCUCUGUAUUGCUUCUGGCGUGUGCAAGAAAUGGCAUAUGCUUUGUUGGGACCCACAGCUUUGGCGAAGUAUGAAAAUUUCAAAGUAUUCUGGAAGCAACAUUGACAAAGUUUUGUACACAAUUCUGUUCAGGUUAGCUCGGAGUACUCAAGGUCUGUGUCUAACACUCCAGUAUAUAAGAAUCGUUCAGUGUGAAUGCCUCUCGGACAGAGGUCUUAGUUACAUUGCAAAGUAUUGCAUUGACUUAGAGAAACUAGAGAUUUUGGCAUGUCCUUGUAUUAUGAACCGUGGAGUUCAAAAUGUUUUGGAAAACUGCCUGCGUUUGUCGUGGCUCGAUGUGCGUGGCUGUUCCUGUAUCAACAGUAUAUGCCAAAGUAUGAUUACAAAUAUUCAGUCCAGUAACGACACGUGUUUUCGCCUUACAUACUUGGAUAUCAGUGACUGUGUCGCUGUGGAUGAUCUAGGCUUACGAAUGUUAGGCUUUACCUGUAAACGUCUGGAAACAUUACACAUGAGACGUUGUCCAAGGGUGACUGAUGUAGGAAUGCAACAUCUCGCAGGUCAUUGUACGUCACUUCGUGAACUAAGUAUCAGUGAUUGUCAUAAAGUGAGGGAUUUUAGUCUAAAAGAAAUAUCCAGAUAUUGUCCGUCACUAAGAUACUUGAGUUUAAUGCGGUGUGCCGUAACAGAUGCUGGGAUCAAAAUGAUUGCCAAAGGUUGCAGCAAUCUGCGAUAUUUGAACGUCCGUAGUUGUACAGGUGUUACUGAUGCUGGAGUGGUGUACGUCGCUCAAAAUUGCCUCAAGCUACGAUCUUUGGAUGUUGGUAAAUGUGAAAUAACGAACAACACAUUGAGUGCUUUAGGCAUCCAUUGCCCACAGUUGAAGCGAUUAAGUAUUAAAGGUUGUCGAAACCUUACCGAUGUUGGUAUACGAGCAGUUGUUGCGCAAUGUUGCUUACUUCAUUAUCUGAAUGUCGAAGAUUGUAGUAUCACAUUAGAUACAUAUGAAUUCAUAAGAGAACAUUGUCAAAGCUGUGUCAUUGAACAUACCACACUCGAUAUAUGAGACCCGACAAGAAUUCGUAACUUGUCGAGAACAAAACUUGCAUGUAAUAUAAGUUAAGAUAACUAAGACUAGUUAGAUCGCUCCUGCGCCCAUAACGAAAUCACAGAUGUGAAUAGAAAUCAAAGAGUUUGGAUUUUGACGGUCAAACUAACGCAUGCGGUUAACAUCCGUUGCCGUUGAGACGGAUUCGUAUAUAUCUAACGUAUGAAUAAUUAUACUUUAAUGAAUAAUUGUAUAUUUAUAGUUGGCGAUCCAACACUUGGGAUAAUAUAUUAGAAGCCUAUGGCUAUACUGAUAUACUGAUAGCCCGGCAACACGUUAGGACGUGUGACUGUUUGAGUGCAGUACGAGUGCCAGUCUUCUAAAUUUAUUAACAUACUAUUAGCCUGCUAAUCUCACUUAACGUUCGUGUUCAAGUUUCAACCGUUGUUUUUAAUCAACUAAGUUUAGAGGAGGUAUGUCCAAGUGGAAUCCCCCAUCUUAAUGUUACAUGAAAACAUCUGACAAUAAAUUAAUUACAUAAAUUAAUUACAUAAAUUAAUAAUUACA